ACAAGUAGUGAGUAGAAAUUUACAUAAAAAAUAGGGUUCUAUGAAUGGCUGAGUAGGAAAACUGGCUAUUAUAAGCUUUUGUUAGAAAAGCUUUGAGAGAACUGAAAUUCAGCUCCUUUCAAAUGGGAACCAACGCAACCAAGAGGGAGUACAGAGUCACAUUCCUGCAUAGAAUACGAAUACAUUACCCUACAUCCUUGAACCGCCCAAGUCCUCGACACAGACCUAGCACAAGGAAGCCAAGGUGAAUCGAUCAAACAAUACUUUUGGCAUGGCAGCCAGUCCAAUCAACAAAGGCUCAAUUAAAGCAGGUCAGCAAACUGACAUCCAGCGGAAUGCGCCGUGUUGGAAUUCUUGAGUUGCCAGAGUCACAACAACCUCAGAAUGAGUGCCACCAAGAUCUUCCUGCGCUACUAUCCGCCAGGACUGGCUAUUAACUAUAGAACCACGAAGGGCAAUGAACGGCUGCGUCACUUCGAUCUACUUGACCUAGAUUCAAAAACCAACAUUGAGCCUCUGGCAGACAGGAUCCUACUGCAAACCUUAGCCGAAGCGGAGGAGGAGCCAUCACCCGCGGACUUGGAGAAGAACCCUCCACCUCGUCCUGUCAGCGGAAGUGUCGCCAGGUCACAGAACGCCUUUAGUGCUCUGAAACAGGCUCUGGAAAAGCUGCAGAAGAAACUGCGAGAGCCUGUGAAGAAGAAGUUCUACCUGCACAAGUGCCACAACUCUCACAUCCUGCCUCUGACCAACGUAUCCUUCGAUCGGAGUGGCGAACGCUGCCUCACCGGCAGCUAUGAUCGCACCUGCCAUGUGAUCAACACCCAGACGGCUCAGGUGGAGCACAUCCUCAGUGGCCAUGACAACGUUGUCUUCUCGGUGGGAUUCAAUUUUCCCCAUUGGUUAGUUCAUCUACACAGAGAUGGAUCUGGAAAUUACCUGACAUCUUCUUCAAUUAUUUUCAGCGACAAGAUAGUGACUGGAUCCUUUGAUGGCACCGCAAAAGUUUGGUCCGCCACCAGUGGCCAGUCUCUGUGCACCUUCUAUGGACACAACGCAGAACUGGUGGCCGCUGAGUUUCAUCCGGUAGAUGGAAAAUCCAUAGCCACUGCUUCCCUGGACGGAUCAGCAAGGAUCUACGAUGUGGAAACUUCCCAUGAGCUCCAGCAACUGACCCAUCACGGAGCCGAAGUGAUUGCCGCCCGCUUUAAUCGCGAUGGUCACAUGCUGCUCACCGGCUCAUUCGAUCACACAGCAGCUAUUUGGGAUGUGAGGAGCAAGAGUCUAGGACAUCAGUUGCGAGGCCAUAGCGCUGAGUUGUCCAACUGCGUGUGGAAUUUCAGUGGAUCUCUGAUUGCUACUGGCUCCCUGGACAACACCGCGCGGAUCUGGGACAUUCGAAAGCUGGACCAGGAACUUUAUCUGGCUGCCAGGCACAGUGAUGAGGUGCUUGAUGUGAGCUUCGAUGCAGCGGGCCGUCUUUUGGCCACCUGCAGCAGCGAUUGCACCGCAAGGGUCUGGAGGCUGGAAGGAUCCUCGGAGUUGGAGAUGCUCUCACUAAUGGCAGGACACUCGGAUGAGGUGUCCAAGGUGUGCUUCAGUCCCAGUGGCUGCAUGCUGCUCACAGCUUCAGCGGACAACACGGCUCGCCUGUGGCUCACGGAAUCCGGACAGUGCUCCCAAGUGCUGGCUGGGCAUGAGGGAGAGGUGUUCAGCUGCGCCUACAGCUACGCAGGAGACGCCAUCCUGACCGCCUCCAAGGAUAACACUUGUCGCUUCUGGAGAUGAUACGACUGGUACACUGUGCAGCUGAACGAUGGGUCCAUUGACUGAUUAAAAGCUUCGGAGUGUGUGUUUUUUUUUAUCAACAUUUACUACAAACUCGAGCGUAAUUUUGCUUUUCUCUCUUAAGAUUUUCUUCAUCAACUCGUUUCUUAUAAAUUAAUAGUUCUUAGUUUUCAUUCUCGUUUCUUUAAGAUCGGACAUUAUUGUGGAUUUCUUUUGUUUUGCUUCUCUUACUUAAGGUUUAGGUAUUACUUUUUCGUUUCCGUACAUAGAUAGUUACAGGUUUUGUUUGCUAGUUUGGUUUCCUUUUACCAUUUUUUUCUGGUUUUCUUUAACAUUUUUUACUUUACAUUAUUAAGUUUCGCUGCUUCUGGCUUGGCGACACAUCUUCUCGUACACAUAUAAAAAAGGUGAACAAAAGGUGUUUUAGGUAACAAACGUUUUACAACUUACAAAGGUCCGUUUUCGGUUCGGAAUCAAUAGUUAAUACAUGGUUUUUAAAUGAAAAUAUAAAGUUCUUUUACACAAAAAUUUGAGCGAGACUCUCGCGGUUUCUUAACUGUCCUCCGUUCUCAAUAACAUUUGAUACCACAUUUUCCAUUAGUUUUUCCCGG